AUGGCCGGGCCUGGCGCGGGCGAGUGGGCCAAGGGUGUGGUGGACUGGACCUCUCACGAGCCCUUGGACGUAGGCGCGGCGAACUUGUUCAAGACCUUCCCUGGCCGGCGCUGCAUUCUGGUGGCGCACGAAGGGCGCUUAGUCUACGAGCACUACGUGCCAGGCGCAGGGCCGGAGGAGAGGAUCGAGUUGGACAGCGCCGCCAAGACGGUGAGCGCGCUGCUCAUCGGGGUGCUGGUUACGCAAGGCAAGUUGGACUUGGACACGCCGCUGCGGCAGUACAAUGUGACGCCCUCUGCCUACUGGGGCAAAGGGGACGAGUACUGGCCCAUGAUCACGGCGCGACAUCUGCUCACCCACACCAGCGGCCUGGGCACGAAGCCGCCCGGGAAGGAGUUCGAGUACAACAGCGGGGAGCACAUCCAGCACCUGAGCCACCUCAUCCACGCGCUGACGCGUCCCCCCAAUGGGCACUGGGCCAGCCCGGUGGACUGGGCAGAGGAGGCCUUUGCAGAGCCUCUGGGGCUCCCAGGCCUCUUCCUGAACGACGGGCUGGACGGGCAGAUCUCCAUCGGGGGCGGCCAGCAGAUGAGUUGCCCGCAGCUGGCGCGCAUUGGCCAGCUGCUGGUCAACCGCGGAAAGUGGCCCAUGUCCUCGGCGCCCUCCUGGCCAAUAGACUGGCUGCCCUGGGCCACAAACCGGACCUCGCUAGUUCAGCUGAUCAGUGAGGCCUUCAUCGACGAGAUGACGCGUCCCUCGUUCCCAGAGGUGGUCUCUACCUACGGUUUCCUGCUGUGGCUGAACCGUGCUCCGGAGCCCAGCGACGCGGAGUGCUGCAUGUGUACCUGCGGCGCCUGCUUCGACGUGCCGGGCCCCCCCAUCUUCGGCAUCAACGAGGAGGCGUGGUUUGCUACUGGGUUCCUCACUCGUUACCUCAUCGUUCUGCCGCAGCGGAACGCCUUCGUGGUUUCCCUAGGUAUGGACCUCACGGGCUCCACGCCUUGCGCCAUCUCCUGGUCUUGGUUCUCCCUGACCUAUGACGACUCCUUUGGGGCACUGCUGCACUACCUGGUGAUGAAAAAUGCCUUGCCACUGCCUGCCUCCACCACCACAACGACUGCCACGAGCAGCAGCACAACGUUGACACAGACAACGUUGUCAACGACAACGUUGACAACGGUAACUCAAACGACCACAGUGGUGACGGCCGCAGCCGGAGGCGGCAUCUGGCCCUUCUGGGGGACCUGGACCAGCACGUCCACCUAUUGGUGGCACAUGCCCUUCGAGAUGCUGGAAGUCGCGAGCAACUCGAGCUCGAGCACCAGCAUGGCCACGGGCCGAUCCGUGACCACCACGGGGCCGAGAGCGACCACGACAGCCAUCACUGCGACCGUUACCAGGUCCACUAGCCUGGCAUCGACUUCCAGGUGGGCCACCUCAGAGACCACGGCAACGACCACUUUCGACGUCUCGAAGGUCAUCUACAACCACGGAACCAAAACCGAAGUCCAUCGCCGAAAGAAGCGGCGAAAGGAGAAGAAGUAUGCAAAGAGCUUCCACUACCAGCCUGGCUAUGUGGGAGGGUCCUGCAGCUGCAGCUGCCCCAUCGACCAGGACUUCGGCAGAUGCUACCCGCUGCCCAACAUCAGCUUCGCCCAUUGGCACCAGGGCCAAGAGGCCUGUGAUGUCCUGGGGGCCGGAUAUCUUCGUUCCGAGCGGAGUUGUCCUUCCGUGGGCUUAGUGCAGCCCUGCGAGAGCAACUCCUGGGCGAUAGGCGGCAGCACCCGCGACGUAUGUGGUCGGGACUUCUGGAAAGAGGUCUAUGGCCUGAACUGCAGCCAGACGACCUUCUGCCACACUCACCCUGGCGACAAGGCGCCGGUGCUAGUGGACACCCGGCGCAUGGCGACCUGCUUCUGCGAGGUCCAGUCCUGGGGUUGCAUGUACGACUCCGAGCCCUGCGACCCUGAUGACAGCUACUACGUGUUGGGCUCCGCGCGCUUCGGGCACGAUGUGCUGCAGCACUGGGCGCCUGUGGAGCCUGCGGCGCCGGCUUGGCCGGUCUACGCUUUCUUCUUCCUUACCAUGGCGGCAUUGGCUUGCUUCAGAUCCUGGAGACGGCAGGUCCGCACGGCUGCGGCCCCGGCCGGGUACGCGCCCCUGGCAAGUGACGGGCCUGAGGCGCAGCCGCCGGAGCCGGUGGAGCCGCCCAUGGAUGUGCCCGAGCCCGCGGCGCCAGUGGGCGAGCAUUGCGAGCUCGCUGCACUGCUGCGCCCGGAAGCUGCUCGUGCCGUUGGGGGCCAUGCCCUGCCGAAGAGGUGUGGAGCUUGCAGCUGCUGGGGCCGGCGCGUGGGGGCGCUGGCGCAGGGGCUGCAAGCGAUGGGCGCGCGGGGCUUCAACUGGUCUGCAGGUCUGAACCGCCUGCAGCGCCGGGAUCUCGCCGAGCUCCUGCUGAGCAUUUGCGCCCCGCUCGCCCAGGAGUCGCCCGUAGAGCAGCUUUGUGCAGCCCUGGACCGCCUGCCUUGGUCGCAGAAGACGGCGCCCAACUUGCUUCCGGACACUGCACCGCCCUUGCCACCCGGGGAGGCCGUUGAAGCGCCUGGCUGCGACUACUGCCACGCCCUGGCGCUACGGGAGGAGGAGCUGGCACAGGCGCUGCUCUCCCUGGGCGCCAAGAUGUUUAGCUGGUCCGCAGACCUGGGCCAAGCGCAGCGCAGGCUGCUGGUGACGGUGGUGCUGGACUGCUGCCGACCCUGCUGCUUCAAGGAGGAGGUGGCCGCCUUCUGCGCGCACAUGGAGCGGCUGAGGUGGACGGAGCUCACGGAUCUCCCCGCGUCACCGCAUUUGGCAUGGGAGCCGUCCACCCCCAGCCAAGUGAUCACGCCCAGCCAAGCUGUCACGCCGAUGCAGGCAGUGCCGGCAGGGGCACCGCGGGAGCUGGCGUCGGCGCCGGAAGUGCGCAGGAAGCACAGCCUCCGCAGCGCGCUGCAGCAGGACAUCCAGGUUGAGGAGAAGAAGGUGCUGUCGCAGCUGCAGGAGCUCCUGGCCACCGGCAAGGGAGAUGCUAGCUUGCGGCAGCUCGAAGAAAUGCUCUCCACGAGCCUCAGGGAGAGAGCCUCCAUGGAAGGCCAGGAGGCGUCACGCUGGACGGCACAACCAGAGGAGGCAUGGCGGCUGCGAACUUCACCAGGGACAGAGCGGCCUUUCGCCUCCUUCUCCGCAGCCUCGUCGGCCUCCGCAGCCUCAGCAGCCUCAGCGCACGGAGCGGCCACGCGGAUCCAGGCGGCGCAGCGCGGGCGGCUGGCGCGGAGGGAGCUGGAGGAGAGGAAGCUUGCCAAAGCAGCAAGAGAGGAGGCUGUCGAUGUGAGCAUAGAGGUGAAGGUGCCAGCUGAGUCAGGCCAGUCGAGCGUCGCAUCGGACGCCGGCCAGGAGCUUGUCACAUCUUCUUCGGGUCAUUCCAGCGCGGCGACCCCUAUGCCGACCUCAAGCCGGCUGGGCUCCUCCCUACCCCUCCGCGCAGCACCCGUGAAGCAGGUGCGCCGCACGAGGCCCAGCGAGGCUACACUGAGCCCUGCAGAGGAACUGGCACGCCGCAGGCAGGCGCGGGAGCAGCGCCUGGGCGCGGAGGUGGAUCUGGCGCGGCGCCGGGCGAAGGAGUUGUGGCAGCGGCAGCAGCGCGAGGCUGAGGAGCGCCGCCAGGUCGCCGCGGUGCUGCGGGUGCAGGCGGCCUGGCGCGGCCAAGGCGCCAGGCGCGCGGUGCGGAAGCUGCGCCGGCUCUGUGCAGAGGCAGCUCCCCUGCUGCAGGAGGCUGCUCGCAGCAGCCUGGCGCGGCGCGAGAUGCUUACGGGGCUACAGAGGCGUGAAGGCGCCGCCGCGCGGAUCCAGGCGCAGCGGCGGGGCUGCCUGGCGCGGCGCGAGGUGGCGCAGCAGCGGCAGGCGCUGUCGGCGGCCGUGACGCGGGCCGCCGCGCUGUUCCGCGGCCGGCGCCAGCGGGCGGCGUACCUCGCGGAGCAGCAGAGGCGUUUGGAGGCUGCGACGCGGCUGCAGGCACUGCGGCGCGGCCAUGUGGCACGGGAGCAGACGCAGCGGGAGCGCAAAGAGAAGACGGACGCGACCGUCAAGAUGCAGGCAGCUUUCCGGGGCCAAGCAACGCGCAAGCAGCUGGCAGUGGAGAAGCAAAGGCGCGAAGAGGCAGCGACCAAAAUCCAAGCCAUCCGCAGAGGUAACGUGAGUAGGCAGCAGGCUCAACAGGAGCGCGACCAGAAGUCUCAAGCCGCCACCAGGAUACAGGCUGUGUUUCGGGGAAAGACAGACCGAAAAAGGGCAGCUGAAGAGCAGCAAAAGCGAGAAGAGGCCGCAACCAAGAUUCAGGCGAUCAGACGCGGCAACACUGCCCGGCAGCAAGUGACAGAGGAGCAGCAGAAGCGAGAAGAGGCCGCAACCAAGAUUCAGGCGAUCAGACGUGGCAACACUGCCCGGCAGCAGGUGACAGAGGAGCAGCAGAAGCGAGAAGAGGCCGCAACCAAGAUUCAGGCGAUCAGACGCGGCAACACUGCCCGGCAGCAAGUGACAGAGGAGCAGCAGAAGCGAGAAGAGGCCGCAACCAAGAUUCAGGCGAUCAGACGUGGCAACACUGCCCGGCAGCAGGUGACAGAGGAGCAGCAGAAGCGAGAAGAGGCCGCAACCAAGAUUCAGGCGAUCAGACGCGGCAACACUGCCCGGCAGCAGGUGACAGAGGAGGAGCAGAAACGUGGCAACACUGCCCGGCAGCAGGUGACAGAGGAGCAGCAGAAGCGAGAAGAGGCCGCAACCAAGAUUCAGGCGAUCAGACGUGGCAACACUGCCCGGCAGCAGGGGACAGAGGAGCAGCAGAAGCGAGAAGAGGCCGCAACCAAGAUUCAGGCGAUCAGACGCGGCAACACUGCCCGGCAGCAGGUGACAGAGGAUCACCAGAAGCGAGAAGAGGAGGCAGCGACAUCGAAAGAGGCAGGACUCGCAAAGAGCAGCAAAGACAGCAGGGACAGCAAGGGCGGCAAGGAUGGCAAAGACAUCCAGGGCAGCAAGGAUAGUAAGGAUAAGAACAGCAAGGCCCCGGACAAAGCAGCUGGUGCAGAACACAGCACAGGCAGCAAAGAUGGCACAGAAGAAAGCUUGGAAUCUGGGGAAGCAGCAAAGCGAGAAGAAGCGGCAACAAAGCUACAAGCAAUUCAACGAGGCAACACAGCCAGACAGCAAGUUGCCGAAGAGAAGAAGCAAAGGGAGCAAGCAGCAACGAAAAUCCAGGCUAUAAAGCGAGGGAAUGAUGUCCGAAAGGAUGCAGCGACAUCGAAAGAGACAGGAGUCGCGGAGAGUGGCAAGGACAGCAAGGGAGGCAAGGAUGGCAAAGAUAGCCAGGGCAGCAAGGACAGUCAGAAUAAGAACAGCAAGGCCCCGGACAAAGCAGCUGGCACAGAACACAGCACAGGCAGCAAAGAUGGCAAGGAAGAAAGCUUGGAAUUCGGGGAAGCAGCAAAGCGAGAAGAAGCGGCAACAAAGCUACAAGCAAUUCAACGAGGCAACGCAGCCAGACAGCAAGUUGCCGAAGAGAAAAAGCAAAGGGAGCAAGCAGCAACGAAGAUCCAGGCUAUAAAGCGAGGGAAUGAUGUCCGAAAGGAUGCAGCGACAUCGAAAGAGACAGGAGUCGCGGAGAGUGGCAAGGACAGCAAGGGCGGCAAGGAUGGCAAAGAUAGCCAGGGCAGCAAGGACAGUCAGAAUAAGAACAGCAAGGCCCCGGACAAAGCAGCUGGCACAGAACACAGCACAGGCAGGAAUGAUGUCCGAAAGGAUGCAGCGACAUCGAAAGAGAGAGGAGUCGCGGAGAGUGGCAAGGACAGCAAGGGCAGCAAGGAUGGCAAAGAUAGCCAGGGCAGCAAGGACAGUCAGAAUAAGAACAGCAAGGCCCCGGACAAAGCAGCUGGCAUGGCAAGGAAGAAAGCUUGGAAUUCGGGGAAGCAGCAAAGCGAGAAGAAGCGGCAACAAAGCUACAAGCAAUUCAACGAGGCAACGCAGCCAGACAGCAAGUUGCCGAAGAGAAAAAGCAAAGGGAGCAAGCAGCAACGAAAAUCCAGGCUAUAAAGCGAGGGAAUGAUGUCCGAAAGGAGGCUUCAGUGUCCAAGACAUCCGCAUCUUUCCGAAUUCCGGCAGCAAAAGGGAAAGAUGUCAAAGAUGACUUCUUUGCCGCAGAUGAAGCAGCGAGGCGCCAAGAAGCCGCGACGAAGCUUCAGGCGCUGCAAAGAGGAAAGGCUGCCAGACAGCAGGUUGUUGCACAGCAGAAGAGGGGUGGGCGUGCAGCAAUGCGGCGUGCAGAGCAGACAAGUGAGGAUGGCAGCGAGAGGAGGCGGCCACAAAAAUCCAGGCGGCCCGGCGCGGGGCUUCUGUUCGGAAGGAGCUGGCCAAGGAAGACUUGGAAGCACAGCGUGAAGAGGAGCGUGUGCGUGAAGCUGAGGCGGCGGCGCACCGUGCGCGAGUGGAGCGGAGAGCGCUCGAGGAGAA